CACAUUCUUUGCCAAGACAAUUCAAUCUAGCAAAAUUCUAUCUAAAAACCCAAAAUCGUAAUCAAUAGUACAAUAAUCUUUUAAAUAAUAAUUAGAAAAAAAUCGUGCAAACUAAUGGAAAAGGUAAAUUUCUUUGCAAUAAUCUUUAUGGUGUUGAUGGUAGUGACAAUGGUUUCUGCGGAAGAGCCACCGGUGAAGGUGACGACCAAUGAGGUGACUCUUGCGGCGGAGGCGGCUGCCUCGAGUUUCAAAAGCAGCGCCGGUGAGGCUGCUCAAGGGGCCAGGACAUGGGCUGAUUGGGCUACGAGCAAAUUCAGGAGUACUGGCGGAAGCUUUGAAAAAACACCCGAUUCUGAGUAAAACGUAUGGAAGUAUUGAGUAAAACAUUUACCUUCAGAAUAUGCAUAAAUGUUUAUCAAGAAAAAUAUGUAAUUGAGCAAGCAACAAUAUAGUUGCGUUCUCUUAUAUCUUAUUGUAUAAGAAAAUUUUCCAUUAAACCUAACACGUAAAUUUGAUAAUAUAAUGUAAAACCCAG